AUGACGAACGUGUUCACGCUUGUUGAGCGGUUCACUUUCCGUCACAGUUCGGCUGAUCUUGACUCAUCCACCCCUCCGCCUUCGCUUCCGCCGGAGAUCCAGUAUUGGGCGGGCGUUAUCAUGCGGAAUGCUUGUCGGAAAGAUGACAGUCGUGGUGGUAUUAGACAGUGUGCAAACAUGAUGUGUGGUCGAUGGGAAUCGUUCCCACGCGAAUUCGCAAAAUGUCGGCGGUGUCGAAAAGCCAAGUAUUGCGGGAAGGAGUGCCAGAGUACGGCUUGGAGCGAGGGCCAUCGGUUUUGGUGCAGCGCGAAAGAUAACGAUGAAGACGGUGAACACCACCAUGGGCAUCCUGGCGAAGGAUCCUCGCGCUCCGGAGACGCCACAACAACGUUGGCAACAAGGCAAGCGCAACAUGUCGCCUCGCUGCAUGCUCGUGCUGAGCGCCGCGCCGAGCGAGAGCGGAGUCGGCAGCUGGCGGCGGAACGACUCGUGGAGCAGAAUGGGACCGCUAGGGUCCCACCCAACGCAAUGCGGUCUGUCGUGUCUAACUUGAGCAUCAAUCCAGAUGCAACACUGGCUGCUCUGAACGCGCCCAGACUGCCGCCGCUUGGAGAACGGGACGAUGCUCCCGUUGAUGAGGGUAUCGCGCGCACGGUCAUUGAGGAUGGCACCGGCGACGAUAUGAUUCUAGGAUGA